AUGAAGUUCACCGCCACCACCGCCCUUCUCACCCUCCUCACAACCGCCACCGCCCUCCCCUGGUCCUUCAAGAGUGCCGGCAAUGGCAAGCACUCUGAUGAGAUCACGUACGUCUCCCUCCCCCUCACCCUCUAUCACCCUUUUCUGACAUCGGGUAAUAGCCUCCACCUCACCCUCGACAAAGGAACCACCACCGCCCACCACCGCCCCCCCAAGUCAAAGUCGGAAGAGAUGAAGAUCAUCAUGGGCAUGUCCGAUGUCUGCCUCCGCGUCUGCUGGCCCGAAUCGCCCAAGUGCCCAGAGGAAUGGUCACCCAAGAACAUGGGCAGCGACGAGGAUCCGUGCUGGACUUGCUGCAGGAAGAUGGAGCAUGAUCUUUGA